GUGACAAGUUCUGUUUGAUCACAUCAACACACCUAACUCUUGACUCGGCUUGUGUACGAAGAACAAAACCUUAUUCUGAUAGCCACCAUGUUUAACCUGAUUAAAAAGGACAAGGAGAAGGAGGCGAGCAAGAAGGAGAAGAAGAAGGAGAGGAUGUCUGCCGCUGAGCUGCGCAGCUUGGAGGAGAUGAGCAUGCGGCGAGGUUUCUUCAACCUGAAGAGGGAGGGCAAGCGGAACAAAGCGGACAUCUCCAGUCCAAUCCCUAUCAAAGUGGCCAACAGCACCGAGCUUUCUCUCACUGACCUGGAGUCAGAUGGUUUGUGCAACCGAAGCAGCGUGGUUCUGGAUGACCAGCUGAGUACUACCAGCUCCACUGAUGACUUGAAGGGUGAGGGUGGAGGAGGACAGGAAGGACACCGUAGCUCGGUGAGGGACCGCGUGGCUCACUUUGGUUCUCUUGCUAAGCAGAACUCCUCGCAGGUAGGCCAGAUGAUGAAACGUUUCUCCUUCUCCCAGAGGAGCAAAGAGGAGAGCCCAUCAGAGGGCUCCACUCCUUCUGGACAGAACUCUGCUGCCCCGUCACCACAGGUGGAGAGCAAAGUUUUUAGCAUGCUUCGGAAGCAUAGCCAAAAGCUUCAGCCAGGAACCGCAGAGACCAGAAAAGUGUGCAUCCCUCAGCUGGUUGACAAGGUCUUCCCUGCACAGCUGCAGCUGCCAGCUGUGGUCGCACCGAGCACUCCAGAAACCAGAGAGCUGGAGCUCCAGCGGCGCAACACUGGGGACUUUGGAUUCUCUUUGCGUCGCACUACUAUGCUGGAUCGAAAUCCUGACGGAGGGGUGUACAGACGGGUAGUCCAUUUUGCUGAACCUGGUGCCGGUACCAAAGACCUGGCUCUGGGGCUGGUGCCCGGCGACAGGCUGGUGGAGAUAAAUGGACGGAAUGUAGAAAACAAGAACCGGGAUGAGAUAGUUGAGAUGAUCCGUCAGUCAGGAGAUGCGGUGAGGCUGAAGGUGCAGCCAAUUCUGGAGCUGAGCGAGCUGAGCCGGUGCUGGCUGAGGAACUCCGAGGGACUGCGCAGAGGAGCCAGAUAUGUGAAGACCGAGGAGCAGAUUGCAGCGGAGCAGGUCUGGUACGGAUCAGAGAAGGUCUGGCUUGUUCAUAAAGAUGGCUUCUCCCUGGCUACUGUGGUGAAGACCGAGGCUGGCUCUAUGCCAGAGGGAAAGAUGAAAAUCAAACUGGAGCAUGAUGGGACGUUACUGGAUGUGGAUGAAGAUGACGUAGAGAAGGCCAACCCUCCAUCAUACGACCAGUCAGAAGACCUGGCUUCACUGCUCUACCUGAGUGAAUCCAGCGUGCUGCAUUGCCUGAGGCAGCGCUACGGAGGCAACCUCAUCCACUCCUAUGCUGGACCCAACAUGGUGGUCAUCAACCCUCUCAGCACACCGUCUAUGUACUCUGAGAAGGUGAUGCACAUGUUCAAAGGCUGUCGGAGGGAGGACACUGCUCCUCACAUCUACGCCGUGGCCCAGUCGGCCUACAGGAACCUGCUCACCACCCGCCAGGAUCAGUCCAUCGUGCUGCUGGGAAAAUCAGGCAGCGGCAAAACCACCAACUGCCAGCACCUUGUCCAGUACCUGGUCUCAGUGGCUGGAAGCACAGGCAAGAUCUUCUCUGCUGAGAAGUGGCAGGCGGUCUACACCAUCCUGGAGGCGUUUGGCAGCAGCUCCACUUCCAUGAACUCCAACGCCAGCCGCUUCUCUCACGUGGUGUCUCUGGACUUUGACCAGGCGGGUCAGGUGGCCUCUGCCUCCAUCCAGACCAUGCUGCUGGAGAAACUGAGGGUGAGCAGAAGACCUGCAGCAGAGUCCACCUUCAAUGUGUUUUACUACAUGAUGGCUGCAGCGGACAGCAGUUUGAGGACUGAGCUGCAUCUCAACCAACUUGCAGAAAACAACACUUUUGGGAUUCAUCCACUUUCCAAGCCUGAGGACAAGCAGCGGGCCUCGCAGCAGUUCAUCAAGCUGCAGGCUGCCAUGAAGGUGCUGGGCAUCUCGGGGGAGGAGCAGAAGGCCAUCUGGCUUGUUCUCGGGGCAGUUUAUCACCUGGGGGCUGCAGGAGGCACUAAAGAGGAAGAUGAAGUGGGACGUCGGCAGUUUGCCCAUCAUGAAUGGGCCCAAAAGGCGGCCUACCUGCUGGGCUGCACCCUGGAGGAACUGUCCUCGCUAAUCUUUAAGCAUCAGGCCAGAGGACUGCAGCCCACCACCUCAUUCAGAGGGGGGGCAGAUGAUGCUGGUCAAGGAGACAGCUCAGGCUCUAAGUUCACAGCUCUGGAGUGUUUGGAGGCCAUGGCAUCAGGACUGUACUCGGAGCUCUUCACCGUGGUCAUCUCCCUUAUCAACAGGGCUCUAAAGUCCAGUCAGCACUCUCUGUGCUCGCUGCUGAUUGUGGACACGCCGGGUUUCCAGAACCCGCGGCAGGCUCAGCAACAACGAGCGGCUACGUUUGAGGAGCUGUGCCAUAACUACACCCAGGAGAGGCUGCAGACGCUGUUCCAUGAACGCACCUUUGUCCGGGAGCUGGAGCGAUACAAGGAGGAAGAACAUUCGAAGUCUGUUUUUGGGCCGCUCCAGUGGGGCCACGGUGUUGUCGGGCUCCAUUGCUGGUCUGGAGGGAAGCUCUCAGCUGGCCCUGCGACGAGCCACCAGUAUGAGGAAGACCUUCACCACAGGUGUAGCAGCUGUCAAGAAGAAGAGUCUGUGCAUCCAAGUCAAGCUCCAAGUGGAUGCUUUGAUUGACAUGGUGCGUCGGUCCAAAGUUCACUUCGUCCACUGCCUGUUGCCUAAAGCAGAGGCAGUUGGAGGAGCUGAGCUCCGUGUAGCGCAUGGGGAGAGUCUUGACUCGGGUCUCAUGACUCUGGACCUGCACCUCCUGAGAGCUCAGCUUCGAGGAGCAAAGCUUCUAGAUGCUCUGCGCAUCUACAGACAAGGUUACCCGGACCACAUGGUGUUUUCUGAGUUCCGGCGGCGUUUCGAUGUCCUGUCACCACAUCUGACCAAGAAACAUGGACGUAACUACAUCGUCACAGAUGAGAAAAGGGCUGUGGAGGAGCUGCUGGAGUCCUUGGAGUUGGAGAAGAGCAACUACCACAUGGGGCUGAGCAGGGUGUUCUUCAGAGCAGGAACUUUGCCCAAGCUGGAGGAGCAGCGAGAUGUUCAGACCAGGAGGAAUAUCUCACUGUUCCAGGCAGCCUGCAGAGGACAUCUGGCCAGACAAGCCUUCAAGAAGAGAAAGGAUAAAGACACUGAGCUGUGUGCCGUUAAUCUGAAGCUGGACCAGCUGGAAGCAGAACUGCAGGAUCUCAACUCCCAGGAAUCCAAGGACGAGGCCUCCCUUGCUAAGAUAAAGAAGCAGCUUCGUGAUAUGGAAGCCAAGGUUAAGGACCAGGAGGAAGAGUUGGAUGAGCAGGCUGGCACCAUCCAGAUGUUGGAGCAGGCCAAGCUGCGCCUGGAGAUGGAGACGGAGCGUCUGCGUCAGAGUCAUUCCAAAGAGAUUGAGAGCAAAGACGACGAAGUGGAGGAGAUCAGACAGUCCUGCAGUAAGAAGCUGAAGCAGAUGGAGGUCCAGCUUGAAGAAGAGUACGAUGAGAAGCAGAAGGUUCUGAAGGAGAAGCGAGAGUUGGAGUCCAAUCUGCUGUCAGCACAGAGUCAGGAGAGAGUUGCUGACGUGGACACUGAGAAGCGGUUGAGGAAGGACCUGAAGAGGACCAAGGCUCUGCUGGCUGAUGCUCAGAUCAUGCUGGACCACAUCAAGAACAACGCUCCCAGCAAGAGAGAGAUCGCUCAGCUUAAGAACCAGCUGGAGGAGUCCGAGUUCACGUGUGCAGCUGCAGUCAAAGCUCGCAAAGCUAUGGAGGUGGAGAUUGAAGACCUGCAUGUUCACAUGGAGGACACCUCCAAAGCUAAGCAGGCGCUGGAGGAACAGCUGAGCCGACUGCAGCGAGAGAAGAACGAGCUGCAGUCAAGGAUGGAGGAGGACCAGGAGGACCUCAACGAGCUGAUGAAGAAGCACAAAGCUGCUGUGGCCCAGUCGGCUCAGAACUUGGCCCAGAUCAGUGACCUACAGUCCCAGCUGGAGGAGGCUCUCAAGGACAAGCAGGAGGUUCAGGAAAAGAUGCAAGUGCUCCAGAGCCAGCUGGACUUCCAGGAGCAGUCCAUGGUGGAGAAAUCCCUCGUCAGUCGUCAAGAGGCUAAACUCCGUGAGCUGGAGUCCAAGCUGGAGUUUGAAAAGACGCAGGUCAAACGUCUAGAGAACCUGGUGGCUCGUCUGAAGGAGAACGUGGAGAAGCUGACAGAAGAACGAGACCAGCGUUUCAGCAGUGAGAACCGUGAGAAGGAGCAAAACAAACGUCUGCAGAGACAGAUCCGAGACGUCAAAGAGGAGAUGGCCGAAGUGGCCAAGAAGGAAGCUGAAGCAAGCCGCAAGAAGCACGAGCUGGAGAUGGACAUCGAGAGCUUAGAAGCAGCCAAUCAGAGUCUUCAGGCCGAUCUCAAGCUGGCCUUUAAACGGAUCGGUGAUCUGCAGGCCGCCAUCGAAGACGAGAUGGAGAGCGAUGACAACGAAGAGCUCAUCAACAG